AUGAAAGAUUUCACUAAAUUUCUUCUAUGUGCUUUAAGUGGAACUAUUAUUGGACUUAUAUAUAAAUUAAAUAAGGAAAAAAUCAAAAAUUAAAAUGAAUUAGAUACUCUUAAAAAGUAGAAGAGUGUUACUGUUUCUCAACUUAAGUAUAACAUUUAAUUUUUAAAGGAAUUCAUUUUUAUUAACAGAUGAUAAUUAAUUAAGUUUGUUUGUUGAAGGUGAGGUUGUCUAAAAUACAGAGAUGUUAAAAAGUGUAAAUAGCAAAUAUGCAGGUGUUUAUAUAAAAAGAUCUAAUUAUGAAAUAGAAGCUGUAGAAAACAAUGGAAGAAAAACUUAAUAAAGAAAAUAAACUAGUAGAACAACAAAUACAACAGAUUCCUUUACUUUAAAAUCAUAAACAACUGAAAACCUUAUGAUAAACAAUUUUUCUAACACUAUUAUUUUACCAAAAGUUUUAAAGCAUUAAAAAACAGAUCAGAUUAUAAAUCCCCCUGAAGUUAAAACUAUAAUGAGAGAGCCUUAAACGUAAGACAUAUAAUAUUAUUAGAGAUGCAGAGAAAGCAGAGUUUAAAUAGGGAAACAUAUAGAAAUUUUUAACUACUAUUUCAAAAAUUGGAGUUGUAAUAGAAGAAGAAAUUUUAUGUGAAGGAACUUUUAUUUGUGUUUAUGGAAAUGUUAUUUGGGAUAAAGUCUAAAAUACUUUUAUAAUAACAGCUCCUAAAUAUUUUGGUGUUAGUAAAGAAUAAAUUAUUGAAUAUUUUGAAGCAGAUUAAUACUUUUUAAAAUUUAUAGGAAUAUUAUUAGCUAUUGGAGGAACAGUAUUAAUAAAUUUAUAAAUAGGCCUUUUCUAUUUUUGCAUUAAAAUAUUUAUAUAAGACUUUAUCUAAUAAUGAAGACAAUAAAAAAGUGAAGUAAUGA